ACUCCUCAAACAGAGUCUUCCCCUCCCCUCCUUUGAGGCGCCUCAAAAUCGCCUGGACGAUGUGAAGCACUCUGGUGUCUGCCGGGGCUACGAAGCUGCUAUUCCACUCAGAGAAAUCUUCCUUUGUGCCGUCCACCCUCUCACGGAAUUCCCUUUUCUCUCUCUUCCCCACUUUUGUGUGCAGUCGCCUGGAUGA